AUGGGAGUGGCCAAGGCAGAGGCGCAAACCAACCUUGACGCCGCCGUCAAAACAGGCUCCACCAUCCCAGAAGCCACCGGGCUCACCGACGGUCUCGGGGCACGCGCCCCUGCCCCCGUCGAGGCUGCCGCGGGCCCACCAAUCGGUGCCACCGCCUCCGAUGCAGCCGCCGGAGCGAGCAUCCCCGUGGCCGCCUCGCCCUCUGUCGCAACCGCCGAGGUAGGCGUCUCCGCCCCCAUCGGGGCCUCUGGAGCAGGCACCUCCGCCUCUGCCGCCGGUGCCACCUCCGCCGGGACUCCCCAGGCGGACGUCCCCGUCUCCAUCACCACUGCCUCCUCCGUCGCAGCCACCGGGGCAGGCGUCCCAGCCUCCCCCGCUGCCACCGUCCUCGCCGUGGUCGCGGGAGUAGGCUCUCCUUCCUCCGUCGCUGCCGCCGUCCCCGUCACGACCGCUGGGACAUUCGUCCCCAUCUCCACCGCCGCUGUUCCCUCCACCUCGUUGAGGUCGAUCACCUCCCCAGCCUGA